AUGGCGCUCAACCCCCGCUCGUCUUCUAAGCAUAACCAGAUGAUCACGCGCUUCAUCAAACAUCCCAAAUUAACGAACUUUGACGGAGAGCAGAAUCGUCCUAUCAAGCGCCAGAAACUCGAUGACGUAACAAAGAAACCCACGCCGCGCAAGACAGUCAACCAUGAGACACUAGACAACGAUGCAGAAGACGAAAGCCAUAACAUCGAGAAAGAAGAACAUAGCCAUGUAACAGAUCUAGAGAGCGCACUGCCACCUAUCGAGACGAGUGAAGAAGUCAUCGAAGAAUAUGAGGCGUUCAAAGCAUCGCAAGAGGACAAUGCGGUAGGGGCAGAAGAGCGUUUGAACAAGCGGUCGUGGGUCAGAGGCAAGAGUUCUCUAUACGUCGAUGCGUUCAAUCUAGCAUUGGACACGGUGCUGGAUGAGGAGAGCCAUUUGUUUGACGAAGCUGAGACGGAAGUGUUCAGGUUGUGGAGGGAACUGGACUACGAAACACAGUUUUUGUAUGUCCGCUUAUUCCUCCGCAAGACGUCCGCCUGGCACCGCAUCAAGAACCUUGGCUACCAUAGCGACAUAUCAGAUCUCGACGCUGCAGCUGAAAUGCUACAACGCACAUACGAGCUUCCAAAAUCCUCUGUCGAAUCCAGUUCAUAUCCUGGCGAGCUGGAACCGCCUGCAGGAUCUACACUAGCAACAUCAUUCACAUUUGCGGAUAGAUCGGAGGAGGAGAUAUCUACGUUAGAGGAAGCUUCCUCGCUAUUGCGCCUUGACGAGCUCAAGGCUCUCGCAAAAGAUGCGAAAGUGCAAGGGAAAAAUAAGCGAGAGCUUCUAAAGGCAUUGCGUCGGACGAGCCAGAAACAAGCGGGUCUUGGUUAUGUGGGCUUAAAGCGAUCGGAUACAGAUAGCUCAAGACGGUCUUCUGCUUCAGGCUUAGGUCGAGAUACUCCGGAAAUCGAGGUUGCAGGAGAACUCUCUGAUGAUGCCAAUCGUGAUGCGCAUUUUACACGCAAAAUCAUGAACGAAACGGGUCCUUGUAUACGACUCUCUUCACCUGCGUUGAAGCUCUUCGAGCGUGUUCAUCUCGUGUUCUACCGCUCUACAGAAUGGACUGAGAAGUCUCUCACGACAAUUAUACUUGCGAAGAUUGCGCGGCGUAACUUUCCCGAGUUCAUCGUUUCUCGAUCCGCCAAUAUAUUCGCCUCGCGUUCGCUACUCUUGGAGUACGAGGCUUCGAUACGCACGCAGUACCGAAUAGACAGCAUCUUAGAAUCUGCUGGGAGACCGACGGAGCAGGGUUUCCAGGAGAUCAUGGAUGUCUUCGACGAAGUGUUCCCUCGCUGGCAGGUGCUUGCUGAGGAGGAGCAACAGAAAGAGGAUAGCAUCUACCAAAGUGGCGAAGGGUCAUAUCUGCGCCGCCUCUCGCCAGCCUGGGUCUAUACGCGAAUCAUUCACAAAGCCUUGUAUGUGCUAGGACGUCGAAAAGAGCACAAGCGCGAACAUGAGCUUUUGAUCAGUCUCUUGCGACAGCGACUCUUCCAUCAUUCUCGACGGGGAGCUUGGUACCAGCGCAGAGCUUUGCUUGAAGAGCAUUAUAUGUCGACAUUGACUGAUAUUGAAAAGCGAACCGAAGAGCAACACAAGAAGCAUUGGAAACGUGUAGCUUUGCAAACUUGUGAAGACGGCCUGCAAGAUAAUCUCGUACAUGUUAUACACCAUUAUGAUCUUCAGAAACGUAUAACAAAGCUUGAGAAGUCCCUCAACAUAGCGAAACGUGCACAGCACGACUUUACGCACGUACGCCUUACAAAGCCCAUCGAAGUCGUUGUCGAGGGGACACGGAUCGAGCGUAAGACUCCGCCAAUAUCCAGUCGGAACAGCUCCUCACAUCCGAAUUCUGGCAGACGCGGUGGGAAAACAAGAUGGCUCGACCCUCGCGAAGAUGGCGAGUGUUCCGUUGAAGCAAUGUGCCUCUCGCAUUACCGCAACGAAGGCUGGAAAGGUUACCACAGCGAAGGCGGUAUUGUGCGCACUCUUUUUGCAUACUUGUUCUACGAUGUUUUAUUUACAUACAUUCCUAACGUUUUCCAAACUCCAUACCAAACAUGCCCAUUGGACCUUCAUACGGACGCCUUCUACCCUUCACGCAUUUCGGAAAUCAAUGCACGUCUAAACGAGAUUUCCAACGGUGACGCGCCGACGAUCAUGCAGAGAAUAUACGACGACCACCAUGAACGACGCACAUGUGUGGUCGGUCUUGAUUGGACAUACGAUGUCGCCGAUCUUCUAGAAAUCGUGCAAUGUUUCGACGGAGAGGCGCUGGCUACUGUUUGUAAAGUCAUGGCGCAGGAGUAUGGGCAGAGAGGUGGCGGCGUGCCAGAUUUGUUCCUCUGGAAGGUUGGGGAGGACGAAAAGAAGGGUGAGGUCAAGUUUGCGGAGGUUAAGAGCGAGAAUGAUCGUCUGAGUGAUACGCAAAGGCUCUGGAUACAUGUUCUCUCUGGCGCAGGAGUGAAGGUGGAGCUUUGUGCAGCGGUAGCGAAAGAGGUCAGAGUCGUGGAAUGA